AUUGCGUUUGAAAAGCGUUGUUGUGGGGCUCUUAACUGUAGCUUUCAGCUGUCGAAACAGUCAAAGUAGUUGACCACCAGGACCAAAGUUUACAGUAUAUUUAAUCAUGGCUUUAGACACCAAGUUACCGUGAUCCUGCGGUCAUGAAGGUGCCAUCAGUAAAUUACUGACAACAAUGGAUGCUUUUUUGGGAACUCUUCAGGAUCAUGACAUGAGUUUUUUUUCCCCCAGCUCUGUCCUAACGUCCUGUGAGCCUGAACUCCAGGAGCUAAUGAGACAGAUUGAUAUCAUGGUGAAUCACAAGCGCAGUGAGUGGGAAGCAGAGGUGAGAGCCAUGGAGCUGCGCCUGCAAAACAGCCAGGAAGAGCUCCAGUCGGCCAAAGAUCUGCUGGACAAGAGAAACUCUGAGAUGUUUAUGGUGAAAGAGGCUGUUGUCUCCCUGCUGGAGCUCCAUGACUCUGGCUUCCGAAAGUUGAGUCUGGUAGUGGAAAAGGGAUUAUUGCAGGUCAGAUUGCUUGCGAAACAGCUUGAAGAGAUGCAAGCAGGGAAACAGGAACUAGUCAUGAAGUAUGAAGGGCAGUUGCAGCACGUGAAGGAUGAGUUAUCCAAGUUGAAGCGCAGCUAUGAAAAGCUUCAGCGCAAGCAGCUAAAGGAGGCACGAGAAGGAGCACGCAGCCGAGAGGAUGACAAGAGUGAAGUUUCACGCCUGAACAGCAAGCUGGAGGAGUUUCGUCAACGCUCGGCCGAAUGGGAACAGCAGAGAUUGCAGUAUCAGAGACAGGUGGCUUCAUUAGAAGCCCAGAGGAAGAGCCUGGCAGAGAAAUUCACUGUAGUACAGUCACAGGGUGCAAGCCGGCUGCAGGAGCAGGGCGAAGUGCAGCGUUUGCGUGCACAGUUGGAGCGGGCACAGGACUCUCUGCAUGCACAGGAGCUUGAGCUGGAGAGGUUGCGAGUGCUGCAGGAGGAGCUGGGAGACUUGCGCAGGGAACAGCAGGUCAGCUGCAGCAUCGCAGCUAACGCUCCAGCACAGGUUCUGAGUGAGGAGAGGGACGAACUGAGAGCUACGCUGGAUGCUCAGGAUCAAUUUGUGAGAAGCUCAGGGUUCCAGCAGCAGCAGCUGCGCAGUGAGCUUGCACGCCUCAGCCAGGCCCUGCAAGCCAAAGAACAAGUCAUCAGGUCACUGGAGGAGUGUCUGGCAUCCAAGAACUCUUCUCCAGGCCUGAACUCUCUCAGGCAGGAGCUGGAGGAAGUCACCACCAAACUUCACUGUUCUCAAACCUGUGAGAAACACCUGAAAGCGGAAGUUACUCGGCUCCGAGACAAGCUUGAAAGCAUGCGAAGACAGAAAGGAGAAGCAAAUAGGAGAGAGCAGGAGUGGAAACAGCUGGAAGAGGAUUAUGCCCGCUCUGUGACUGAAGUCAAACGGCUGCGUGAAGAGCUCCAGCGGGCUGAGCAGACUCGUUGUGGUGAAGUAGAGGGGAUGAGGAAGGAGGUCUCACAGUUAACAAAUGAGCUACAUCAGCGUGACAUCACCAUCGCCACGCUCACCGGCUCUGCCUCCGGUGUGGAGCGGCAGCUGCGGGCUGAGGUGGAGCGGGCUGAACGCAGGGCAGCAGAACUCAAGGUGACACGGGUUCAGCUAGAAACUCUGAAGAUUGAGAAUCAGCACCUAAAUGAUCUCCUGGAGAGGGUUGAGUCUCGAUCCCCAAAGAGAGCUGAUGGGGAGCUGGCAAGUUUGCGGGACAGCUAUGUGUCAUCUCUGAGCAGUCUGGAGCAGGAGAACCAGCAGCUGAGACAGGAGCUGGCAGAGCUCCGUGCCCACAUGGAAGCCAGCAACCAGACCUGGCAAGACAAGUAUGAGAGAGCCCUGCAGCAGAGCCAGUGCAGGAGCAGCCAAGCACAUGACAGAUGUGAGGCAGACCUGCAGGCCAUGGAAGCCCGCAUGCAGGAGAGUACCUCUCGCUAUGAGCACCAGAUCCAGAUGCUCGUCAAACAGCUGGAGGUCCUGUCUACCUCCUCACCUCACCGCCCUGACGGCCAGUCACAGGAGAGCAGGCCGAACGCCUCCCCCACACCCUCCUCUUCCUCCUCUGGCUCCUCAUCUUCCUCAGCCAAUAAAGCCCGCAGGAUAGCGGUCCUGCUCAGCGCAGCGGCUAAUGAGGAGAAAGCAGGGGCUUCGGGCUCUUCUGGUGACCCUCUACCUUUGGAUCACUGUGCCAGUUCUUCACCUGGGUCGGUGGCUACCCGUUUUCUGGAGGAGGAGACGCUGCGCUCACAGGAACUGCUGCAAAGGCUGGAUGCUCACAUCCAAAGCAUGAGGCAGGACAAUGCCAAGACCGUCCGCAAGUAUCUGGGCAAAGACGGCAGCCCUCACAAUACACAUUGACCCUGUACAUACACGCAGCGGGGUCUCCAGGUGCCUUUUAAGACUGGUGCUAAAAUUUUCAUUUGCAUUACGUGGCUAAGUUGAUGAUAAAUAUAUUUAUUGCCAAAAAAUGAAGCAAAAAAAGGCAAGCCAAAGCAGAUGGGACCGGAUUUUGACUGCAGGACAUCUGGUAACCCCCAUGCAGGUACACACAGCACAGUCUCAUCCAUGCUGAAUACCUCUGCAAUUAUUGCACUAACGAAGGAUGACCCUUCACUCAUACAUGCAUGCCUUGGCCUGGACCUGCAUUAUGGCCUAUGACGUUUGUCGUUAUAUUGCUAGGUCUUCUGUGUCCUGAUUAUUCUCUCCUGUCUUUUUCUUGAGCACUUUAGAAAUAGAAUUGGUUUCCAAAAGACAAAUUUUUGCAGUGCCUGUCUCUUCUUGUUGUUCAUUGUUUUUAUUUGUCUGUAUGUAUAUUUAACUGAUGUGUGGCAUAAUUUUUAAAUUGAUCUGACAUAGUGAAGAGUCAAUGAUGGGUGAAUUAAAUGAGCUUGUUUUGAUAGUCCGUGGUGUCCUGAUUAUGGGAGGGGACGUGUUUUUGUGGAUUUUUGUUCUCUUUGUCAGCUUUGGGGGAAAGGCUGUCUGCACGUGAAAAAUUAGACCUAUUCUCAGAGGGCAAAGUUUUGGGAAGUGUUGUACAGCAAUGUAUAGCUGACGUCAAGUACGGCAACACGUGCACACAGCUUCAUCUCUGUUUAAUGUCCUUUCACAGGUCCCCCAAGUAUAUUUACAAGAGUUUCACCACAAGAAUGUUCAGGCCAUGCCAGCGCUGUCAUGUUGCCCCCAGCAGCACUGUACAUCAUGAGAACAGCUAUGGUAUGUUAAUGUCAUCCGUGUGGGAUCCUGCACUCGGAAACAUUGCCAAAAGACCAGUGUUGAUGUAGCUCAGAGAAAAAAAAAGUCAUAUUUUAUCAACAGAGUGAUACAGAAGAGGCAGGGUGGGAGAAAACCCUCCUUCACUCAUAAUGAGGUACAACAGGGGGAAUAAAGAAUAUUCCAGAUCAAAUUUGUUUUGGAAUGUGCUUUUUCCCCCCCAUUCUUUUUCCUUCCCUCUUCCUUUACUCAGAUUACUAAGUGCUGGAAGUAUGUUUAGCUAGGCUUGGGUCCAGCGGUUUUGCGAUUGGUAUUUGGUAACCCUGGCUACCAGAGCCGUGAGGCCCAACAAACAAUGCAUGCUGAGGAAUUUGGCAGCGUGGACGUUUACUCUCUUGCAAGCAGAAGGUGGAACAUUUUUGCUUUGCAGAGGUUUUUUUCUGGCCAAGAUUGGAUCCCAUCAGGCUACUCUUUAGACCUUCUGUUUUGUUUCAAAGAAUGUUUGGGAAAAAUGUUUAUUAAAAAAUACCAUUUGUUUUCAA